CGUCGCUCCCUCUGACGCGCCGCCGACGCUUCUGCCGCCGCCGACCUGGAGCUCCUGCCGCCGCCCCUCCUCUCCGUCGAAGCUGGAGUCGUUCCGUCGAACCAAACAGGUCUGUAACUGUAAGCCAAACACCUCCAAAGAUGGGAAGGGGCGAAGGGGAGAAGGAAUCAAAGCGCCGACGCGGCCGCAGCAGCAAGAGGUCCCCUUCCCCUUCCUCGACCUCCUCUACAAGCCACAGCCCUGAGCCCCGGAGUCGCAGCAGCAGCAAGAGGUCUCGUCGCCACCGCCGUCACCACAAGAGCAGUUCCCGUGGCGACGACCGCCGCCGCCACCGGAGGCGCCACCACUCGAGGUCGGACUCAGAUGAUUCAGAUAGGGUGGAGGAGGCGCAGCAGAUUGUCCGUGACAUUCUCUGCGAAUUCCCAGCAAUCGCAUGUGAGCUUCGUCAACUUCUCCAAAUGGUAGAUAGUGGUGAAGGCAUUGAUAUAUCUGGUAUUUCUGACAAGCCAUUGGUGAAGCGCCUGAAGAAACUUUUCAGAUCACUGAAACUAAAAGAAAGUGCAAAUGGAGCUUACUUGCUGCCACCAAAAACUGUUCCUACCCUUGAUGUUGUUGGACCAGCAUUACCAGGAAGUGCCAAACUUGGAGAUGAUCAAAAUGAUGAUGUGACAUCACAAGGGAGACAAGUACCGCCGCCUAACUUUGAUGUACAAAAUAGAGAUGCUAUCCCUCCUGAAGACGGAGGACAAGUUGAUCGGGUAGAGGAGGCCCCUGUAAAGAGGGUAAUUGGUCCUGCAAUGCCUUCACGUGAAUUACUAGCUGCAGCAGCUGAAAUGACGGAGGCUCUUAGGUGCCGUGAUGCUGAAUUGGAAGCUGAUGAUGGUUUUCUUAUAGGCCCUCCACCACCUGCCAUGGUCGCUGAAGCUGCAUCUGCAAAUGAAGCCGAGCGAUUCGAGGAGGUUACUCGAAUAUUGGGUGCUGAUGCAGAUGCACUCUAUGAUGUUCUGGGCAUAAACUGGAAGAUGUCACCUGAGAACAUCAAGAAAAGGUAUUGGAAGCUAUCUCUUUUAGUGCAUCCGGACAAGUGCCCUCAUCCUUCAGCACAGGAGGCAUUCGUCAAGUUGAACAAUGCUUUCAAAGACUUGCAAGACCCUCAAAAGAGAGGCGCAAUAGAUGAGAAGAUAAAAAAGAAAGAAGAAAUGGAACAAUUUGAGGUUGAGCUUAAAGCAAUGCGCGAAGCUGCAGAAUGGAGACGAUUACAAGGUAUAUCUCUUGAAGGCGAUGAGGAACUUUUGGCAGUUCCGAAACAACCAGAAGCACCACCAACCCGGGAUGAAUGGAUGACUACGUUGCCACCUGAAAGAAAAGCUGGUGUACCAAUGCAUUCAACUACGUCAUUUAGCAUGAAUGGUAAAGAAGGACGUGGUGACACAAGUGCAUGGACAGAUACUCCUCUUGAUAGAGCCCAAAAAGCACAGCAAAACUACUUAGAAGCCUACGACAAAGCGAAGGCUAUUGCUGAUGGAUAUGAAGAACAGGUCAAAGCGUCAGAUGCUUCUCUUGUAGAUAAAUACAACUCCUCCAAACGAUCAGUAUCUCUUGUGCAAAAGCAUCGAGAGAGCAAAAAGGAGAAAAAGAAGCAUAAGCAACGUGAGAAAGAAGAAUGGGAGGAAAACCACCCAUGGAAGCCAUGGGAUCGUGAGAAAGAUAUUGCUGCUGGGCGGCAAAAUGUGGCUUUAGAUCCAGAGAACAUGACACAGGGAUUGUCAUCCCGUUUCUCAUCUGGAGCUGUGCAGCGGAACUUCCUGUGAGCAAUUUAGAUAUGACACAUGCCAAGGAAGCAUGGCCUAAUUUGGUGCCCAAAUACUGGUGUUGGAUGCCAGCCAAAGUUGCCGGGGGCACAGAAACCAUAGAGGAAAGUUCACAUGUUGAAUUCCAAUGGCGGGACCGCGAGAGACGUGGUGUUUUCUAGAGAGAGCUCAAGUUGUCGACAUACAAGGAACUGUUUUGCUUAAGAGUUGUUUCCAACUGUGCUAAGAUGGAGUAUACAGUAUGUUUGAGAUUUAAAGGAACGAGCAUUGUUGUAAUACUAUCCUGCUAUUCAUUGACUUGCUGUGUAAUGAACCGUGCGUUGGUAAUAAAAAUAAUGUUUCUUCUCC